UAACCUUCCUUUCUAUUUCGUGACGAUAGCGCUAACACCAAAUUAGAUUAUAGAGAAAUAAUGUCAAAUAGUCAUUUAUUUUUAAAUCCGGUUUUUAUUUCCACCCCUUUACAAAAUGGGGUAGGACGAUACAUCAGUCAGUUGCAAAGAGUAGUCCUUAAAUUUUGUAAAAACCACGGAUCUAGUCGAGGAAUGAGAGAAUUCAUCGAAUCUGGAUUAGUGAACUACGCAAAAGAAAACCCAGGGGUAGUCGUUUAUCUGAAACCGAGAAGACAUCGCUCCCCAGUAAUAAAAGCCGAAUACUUGAAUGGUGACACUCAAUGGAUAACGUGUAGAAAUUUCACCCAAGAAGAAAUAUUGAAAUGGCUUACAUUAUUAAAGACCCAAUCGAAAAAUCACACCGGCGAUAGACUUCGUAAACUUUGGUACUCGGAUCACCCUUCCAUUCAGGGACCAUGGACUCCCUACACCUUCAGAGAUCCAAGAUUGAAUUUGGUACAGUUUCCUAAUGAAGAGUUGUCUCAACCAGCUAAUUUGGAAAAAUCCUCAGAACAGGAACUCAUUGAACUUUUCGAGAAGCAAAAAAUUUUGGAAUAAACAGUUACGUUCUACAGUUGUAGUUAUAUAAUUUUUCCGUUUUAUUAAAUUUAAAUCACAAUAUAA